AUGAGUUCAUACGAUAUCAACUAUUUUUACUGUGACGAUAAAGAGAUAUCGUCCACAGCCAAAAUCGGUCUCUUGGUCUUCUACUCUUUCAUCAUGUUUAUUGGUUUGGUUGGAAACUUCUUGAUAAUUCUUAUCGUGUUUACUCACAAAGAACUGAGAAAAACGACCAAUUGGUUCAUUGUAAACAUGGCGCUUUCCGACUUUAUGUUCUCAUCAAUAUCCAUUCCAGUCGGCUUAGCGGAGACGGCGAAGAGCUCCUGGCCUGACAAUGACACUACAGGUUUGGUGUUGUGCAAGCUGCAAGGAUUUUGCACAAGCGUCUCCCUUUCUGUCUCCGUACAGAGCAUUUUUUGGAUCGCCAUUGAUCGUUUUGUGGCUGUAGUGUAUCCAAUGAAAGCUCGUUUCAUCUCGUCUAGAUCUCGCCGCAUUAGUAUCGCUUCCACUUGGCUCGUGGCAAUGGGAAUUAAUUCAGUUGAGUUGUAUUCUUAUCAAGUUCUUGAAGUACAAAGCAAAUUCAUAUGCACGAGUGGCUUGGAUGAUUCAUUUGAAACUGACCGAAUAUAUAUGAUUUAUUCACUGUUUUAUACUGUCUUAUUCCAGAUUGCACCAUUCAUUGCACUGACAGUUAUAUACAGUGUUAUAGCUUUGACUCUAAGGAAACAAAACAAACGCCUUCACAGCGAAGGGAAGAAGGGAAUUAGGCCGAGCAUGCGUCUAAGAAGACAGCAAGCAAUCAAGAUGUCCUUUUUUACUAUGGCUGCGUUUUACACCUGUUCUCUUCCACUGCUU